AUGUUAUCCUCCAAGGAGGAGAACGAAGUGCUGUUGAGUACAUUGGUAUACUGUAGCCUCGGACAAGGUGGAGGGUCGUCUGAGGUUCAGGUUGUUGGACCGGCUGACCGAGUCGUUGCCUUAGCUGGUGAUGACGUCAUUCUACCAUGUUCCCUGAAACUCAGUGUCAGCGCUGAGGGCAAGACAGUGAAUUGGACAAGAUUGAACCCGAAAGCAGAAAACGUCCAUCUUUACAAUGACAGUCGAGUCUCCAACGUGGACCAGUCUACAUCCUACAAGGGAAGGACAUUAAUGUUUAAUGAAGAACUGAAGAACGGCAACGUCUCCUUAAAGCUGACCAGAGUUACUCUCUCUGAUGCUGGAAGAUACAGGUGCUUCCUUCCAACACUGAACAGCCAGGUGAAGGAAACCACCGUUCAACUCAUUGUUGGUGAGUCAUGAAUACUGGAGAUGUGA